UCAAAAUGACUAAACUUAUUACAAUAAACUUAGCUAUAUACUUGUGUUUGUUUGCGUCUUUAUCAUGUAGAAUUUAUGCAACCGAGAUUAUUUAUGCAGAUAACGAUUACGAUAUGCAGAAUAUAGACCCCGAUUUGAAAUGCAUCGAUCGUAACUUGCAGAGAACUUUGAGAUGGAAAGCAGGAAAUGUUUCCGAUGACUUUGAAUUAUUGAGAUAUCAAGUGGAGAUAUUCAAAAGCAUUGGACAUUCCUAUUAUUUUUUGCCUUUGACCUGUUACAAGGACGACGACAGGACUAUAGAAAUAACGGAUUUAAACGUCACAGAAUGUAAAGUAGAUGUCGAGGAAAUUAUGCCGUUUAACUACGUCACGUUCCGGGUGAUAUCAAUUUAUAAAGUUGGUGAAAAUAAUGAAACCAGAAUGUACAAAUUGAAUGAGUGUCAACCCCUUCAAAAUCAAAAUCCGGAUUUGAAAUGCAUCGAUCGUAACUUGCAGAGAACUUUGAAAUGGAAAGCAGAAAAUGUAUCAGAUGAUUUUGAACUAUUGAAAUAUGAAGUGGAAUUUAGCAUCGGAUAUUCCUAUUAUUUUCUGCCUCUGGCCUGUUACAAGGACGACGACAGAACCAUAGAAAUAACUGAUUUAAACGUCACAGAAUGUAAAGUAGAUGUCGAAAUUUUUUUGCCGUACAACUACGUCACGUUCCGGGUAAUAUCAAUUUAUAAAAAUGAUGAAAAUAAUGAAACAAGAUUGUAUAAACUAAAUGAGUGUCAACCCCUUCAAAAUCAAAUGUCACUGUCGGCACCGAUAUUACAACUUCAACGUACCACAACUUCAAUAAGUGUGUUUUUGACUUUACCAAGUGAACUGACUAAGAGCAUUACAACGCUUUACGACUAUGAUCUCGGAAUAAUAUACUAUUUCUGUUUGUUUAAAGAUGAAGGAGAAUGUAGAAAACCAUACAGUAACUGUAAACCGUACUACACAAACAUAACACUAGAGCCAGGCACCAACUACACGGUAAAAUCCUGGUAUAUGGCACGAACAGACAAAAGAAUAAAAAGCGACAAUGCUACAGUUUACACAAAAACAUUAGAUGAUCCGUUUCCUCAAGAAGCACAACUUGCACUCUUUUUAACACUAUUUGGAUGUUUACUAUUAGCUUCGUCUGUGUUUGGCAUAUGGAAAUUAUUUAAAACAUUUCUGAAAGAACCAAGCCAAUUGCUAAAACUUCCUAUUCCUGAUAAUGUGAAUACAAUCAAAUGUGAUUACGAAAAUAAAGCAAAAGAGCCAAUAAAUCUACUUUGCUGCUGCAAUUGGGAUUUACUGCAAGCAAAAGAAUCUAAUGAAGAAGGAAUAAAAGCUGAUGCUGAUUCAGAUAGCAGCUCUGAAAUUAUCAAUGACAUUCCAAAUCCACAGAACGCGAAUAAUACGCAAAAUCUAGAAGAUGUGAAAAGAACUUCAAUAUAUGAAAACUUUAACGAAACAACCCAUCAACCUGUUCAACACGGGGAAUUCGAAAUUAACAAAAUUGAAAGCAAAAUUCUAUUCGAAGACAACAAAGCAUUAUACAAUAUCCACCCAUAUAUGAGGGAGAUGUGGAAUACCUCUCGUGAAAGUCAAGCCCACCACUUGAUAAUCGACGCGACAACCAACAGACCGCGAAUUAAAAACGAUGAACCAAGUCAAUUAUUGCCAGAAAUUUCGCCACGUAAAUUACAAACCCCUGUUCAAACUGACGAAGAUGGCUGUGCAAUCCAAACGAUGGCAAGGAACGCGCAAAAGUCUGUUCAAAACAGGAGAGAACAUUUGCCAAACAAUAAAAUACAAACAAUAAAAAUUAAUUGUGAUAACUUGGCCAAAAGCCCCGUUUCUGGUAAGACAACAAGCAAUACAAACUUAUCAAGUGUAGAUGAACCCCAUUUUCUUGAAAUGGAUGUACCGGUAAAUUAUUCGCCUCAAUUCCUUGAAGGUAAAAACAAUCCAAUGUCAUCGACAUCUCGCCAUGUCUGCGCAAAUAUCGAUAAUGUAGAAGACUCUGUAUUUAGUCUUGCUCCAAAAACUGUAAACUCAGAUUCUUUUUCAACUGAUGCAGCCUUAUAUAGUCCAAAGUGAAAGCGGCUCGGCUAGAGUUCUUGACGUAGUUACCUGAUUUACGUUUGUCAUUGACAACGAGUACUUUGUUUGAUAUGUUUGUGUUUUAUGGUAUCAAAUAUCAUCAGGUCAACUUGGUUCCACUAAAAUAUUUGUUAUGUUGAAAAAUAAAGUAAUUCUACAGUAAAACUAUGUGUAAUAUUUUAUUUGAAAUUAUCUAACUAUGCUAAACACCAUUUUCGACGGGUAUUCAUGUAAUUUAUAAUUGAUUUUUGAUAAAUUUCUGUUAAUAUUGCUGAUGGGGAUAAUGGUCACAUUAUAAAAAAUGUCUACGUUUUUUCUGAACUAGUAACAUUUCAUUUAACCACUUAUAUAAUAAAUUGUACCAAAAAUCAGGAAAUAAAUAUUUUCGUAUCUGAAGUAUUUUAUUUUUUGUAAAAAUUAGGUAACUGCGAAGCGAUUUUGUCGAGUGUGUGAACAACGUGGGUGUAAUCGAGUUUGAAUCGCUUAUAAACAUUAUGACCAAAUUUGAGAUAAACAAAAUGUUAAACACUUAGAAAACAUAUUUAUAUCAGAAUUAUUCUGCAAUUGCUGGCUUCAACGAUGUAUUUUUCACGUAAAAAUUGUAGAUCAAAAAGUGUAGAUCCGUUUCUCUCAACUUCCAAUUUGAGUCCAUAAUGCAUCUUUAUACACAUAAAUUUGACAACGUGUUUUUUAAUUUAAUUUGAUUGGUAUUUUUCAUAUCACCACAGACUUGUGAAACUUAUGCCAAAUUGAU